CGUCACAAGGCGGCGUCCUCGGCCACGUCCGUCAUCGCCAGUUUCCGUUCGUCCGUCCGACUGGGUGUGCGGAGAUAGCGACCGGAGCCGAGAGACGACGUUAACGUCGCGCGUCGCUCCCCGUAGUCUCCUCGCCAUCGACGGCGACGCUGCUACGGGAGCGAGCGAGAGGAAGAGGGAGAGGGACAGAGAGAGAGAGAGAGAGAGAGAGAGAGAGCGAGCGAGGGACGCGAGCUUUCUCGGGAGAGACUGGCGACAUAACGAUGGCGACAAUAUCGACGACGACGACAACGACGACAACGACGACGACAACGGCGACGGGGAGCGCGACCGCGAUGGCGACGGAGCCGAGAAAAUCUUAUCAUGAUUUGUGUCGGUUGUGCGCCUCCUUCGACGCCAUUAGGAUGGACAUAUUCGGCCAGGAGGGUAAAAAUCGUCAGCUCGUCGACAAAAUUCAGUUGUUCCUGCCGUUCAAGGUGAUGGAAAAUGAUUGUUUGCCAAAAGUCCUGUGUUAUCGAUGUAUGUUCAACUUGGAAAAUUUCUACGAUUUCCGAAUUUCGUGUAUUAAUGCUACUGCCUGGUUGGAAAGAAAUAAACCGAAGGAAGGCGCGAGCAAUGACGGUACAAAUGAUGGCGAUGGGCACGCAGAGCUUCUUAAAGGAAAGGAAAAUAUGCCAGUACUUAUCCCAGAAGCCCCCGUAGUCAAUCCCAAUGCGGCAUUAGGUACACCGCCAAGAUUAAAUUCGGAUGGUGAAGCGGAUCCCGAAAUCGAGGAGAUUCUCGACACAAGUGAAGGUACGGAUGAAGCUACAGUGAUAGACGAUUCGGAAGAUCGGCGAUCGGAAUAUGAGAUGGCAUAUGAGAUGGAUAUGGAGACGAAUCCUAGCGAUUUCUUAGAAAUGACUCCAAUGGUAACCGAAGAGAAUGAAGAGGAGUGUGGUACAAACAACGCGAGCGCUGCCGCCACUACUCAGGAUACUGCAGUCUUUCCACAUGCAUCGCAACAACACGAAGUCUACGUCUGCUCUCUAUGCAAUAAAGCAUUUAGUUCCAAGGGUCAUUUGUCACUGCACGCAAGGAUUCACGUGGGCGAGGGUGAUGUGAUCGGCGAAAGAGUGAUCACUGACGAUCAUACUUCGUAUCAACGACCGUAUCAAUGUGAUCUUUGUCAUAAGUCAUAUUCUACUGCAAAACAUCGUUGGGGACAUGUUUCUACUACACAUCGGGGACAUCCUGCAGUAACAUGUGCGUACUGUUCUCGUAUAUACUCGACAAGAUAUAAUCUUGAUGAGCAUAUAAAAUCGCGACACGCUGGUCUACCACCACCUCCAGAGUUAUCUGUUUCUCAUUCCCGCACGGAAACUCGAUAUCAGUGCCAAACGUGUCCGAUGGUGUACACGGAUUUGGCAGAUUUCAAUGCACAUCGUCAGAUAUGCAUCCAAGAACAACGUACAGAUUUGUUGGGGCAGACCGAGGCACAGAACAAUAAGAUUUUUGCCGACACUUCUGACAUUUCGAGCGUAGAUUCGGACGAUGAGAACAAAGACUUCAGGAACGCCGAGGCUAAAUUGGCGAAAAAUCCACAGUUAACUAUAUUGAAACAGGCGUUGACUAAGGGAGACAAUUUAAAACGGAAUUUCGACGAUGAUGGUUCGACAUCCAACGGCAAGCCGAAAAAAAUAAUUAAGUCAGAAGAGGACGAGACAAAUCCUCAGAAGAGAUGGUAUUGCGAAUCUUGUCCACAAAGUUUUACAUCGGUAGAUAAUUUGAAGGAACACGAGAUCAGACACGACGCCGAGAAGCCGUUUAUCUGCAUAUUAUGCAACAAAGAUUUUGUUUUGAAAUCUUCAUUAAUUAGACACAUUACAACGUCACACGGCGUUGAUCCUACCCCUAUCAUUGACAGUAACAAGUGUCUAAAAACAACAGUAAUCUCUCAGAAUUGGAACGAUCAAAUGGACGUCAGCGUUUAUGAGCAAAGUGAGAUAAAAGAACCACCAGAGCUCUUAUCUUCACCUGAGGUAAAGAUAAAUUUGGAGAAUGAUGACAAAGAUUAUAAGAACAACCAUGAGAAUAUAGAAAUUGAAACAGUAUUUGUAUGUGAGACUUGUAAGAGAGAUUUCAAUGACCGAGCGUCAUUGUGGUUACAUAUACGAGCAAUGCAUAAAGAAUACGCUGCAUUCACUUGUGGAGUAUGUCUAAAGAUGUGCUUUAAUAAUACACAACUUCAAAAUCAUGUCUAUAUGUAUCAUGAAAAGUCUAAACUCUUAAUAUCAGAACAAAGAAGGUACAGUUGCACAAUAUGCGGUAGACAGCAUGACUCAAGAAAAAAAUUAAUCACUCAUGUCUCAAUACAUAAUGUUGAUCCUGCCUUUGAUCCUGCAAGUUUUGUAAAGUUAAAUAGUAAUUAUUAUAAUGAAAAUUUGAAUGGUAACGAAGGAAAUGAACAAGUAUUAGAUUUUGAUGGAGAAGAUGGCGAGAAGGUCGAUUGUUACAUUUGUUACAAAUCUUUUCCGACUGAGGAUCACCUAAUACGGCAUCAGAGAAAUGCUCAUAAGUCUGAUCAAAUAGUUUCAUUAGGAGACGCCGCGGGUAGUGGAAAUACUCUGAGCGUUAAUGGUAAUGGUAAUAGAGCGCAAUACCAUUUAUUUUUUGUUUGCGAGGUGUGCGGUAGUUCCCAUUCAAGCAAAUGGGAGCGCUGGUUGCAUAUCAAUGACACACAUAGCAACGAAUCUUCUAUUAAAUGCGAAUUGGAAACUUGCGGAAAAAUAUUUGCGACAAAGUCGCUACGCAAUGAACAUCUCCAACAUCAUGCUAUACAAGGACCCUCGCCAAACACCUGCGAGAUAUGCGGGAAAUUAUGGCCUACUCGUGUCGAUUAUUGGAAACACGUGAUGGGCGUACACGCGGACACAGUACCUCUAAUUUGUGGAGUUUGUCUCAAAGUAUUUUCCGACGUUAUACAAUUAAGCACGCACGUGAAGGCGAAACAUUGGCCGCUAACCAGUGGUGAUUUUUGUUGUGAUAUUUGUGGUAGACCGUACUCCAAUAAAUCGAAGAUGUCUCGGCACCGAAAGAUCCACGGCUUGGAGGCGGCGGCCAUGGACGCCGCAUGUGACAAUAGCAGUUUCAACGAGAUUACCAAUGAGUCGGUCACCAAUGAGUCGGUGAAGCCUGAGCACAGCAAUGGCGCUUCGGAAAUAGAUUUAAGUUGCGAGCAGUGCCCUGAGCUUAGCUUCACAACACUCGACAGUUUGUGUAAUCAUCGACGGAUAGUGCACAACCUUUUCCCGUGUGACUUAUGUAACAAAUGCUAUGGGAGAACGUCACAUUUGUGGAAGCAUGUGAACAGGGUGCACAAAGGUCAUGUGGAUGUGACUUGUCCUUACUGCUCGAAGACGAGCGCGUCGAGAGAUCAUCUAGCAGCACAUAUCGCCAAGAUUCACAGGUUCAUGCCUGCGAUGGGUAAAGACACUCAGAACUGUGUCACCUCUAAAUCUCUAAGCGUGGAGGAUGGUGUUUUGCAUUAUUGCGAGAAGUGUAAUAAGGGCUUUCAUAAGCGCUAUCUGCUCCGUCGCCACAUGAAAGGCUGUCAAAACUAUCGUAAGGAUCCCGGUGCGUUGUUGACGCGUUGCCGAGCCUGCGAGAGGAUAUUCAAGGAUCGUGCGAGUUUGCAGAAACAUAUUGAGAAUCAUCACAGUACGUAUACCUGUCACUUGUGCAACGAGACGAUCACCUCCAAGCUGGGCAUUAUGACGCACAAUCGCGUCAAUCAUAUGGAUCACCCGGAUCUGACGUGCGAUUAUCCGAGCUGUAAGAAACUCUUCCGCACCAAAGAGGAUCUGGAAGCCCAUCGGAAGGAGCACAAAUAUCACAGCAACCCGAACGUUUGCGAUUAUUGUGGUGACACUGUGGAAAACAAACUGAAACUAAAGAUGCACAUAUUAUCGUUGCAUCGAAACGAGAUCGGCGUGUCCUGUGGCGUUUGCCUCAUUCCUAUGAAGGAUCCGAAAGAUUUGAAGAAGCACGUCGAAGCGGAGCACAGUAGCGUUCUCUCCAAUCCGAACACGUGCCAGGUAUGCGGCAAACAAUAUGCGUCCAAAUGGAAGGCCUUCGAUCAUACAAAGAAGUGUCAUGGCAAAGUUUUUAUCACGUGCAAACAGUGCUUAGCAGUUUUUACCGACGAGAAUGACAUACGCGAUCACUAUGAACAUGUACAUAACGUUCCGAAGGAUCAAUUGGCUAUUUUUGAAUACAGAAUGGAUAUUGGUGCGAAGAGAGAGGGCUAUGAAACUCCCGACAUUAUUGUAAAGGAAGAGCCGGAUGACUUGGAAUUCGACGAGGAAAUGUGCGACGAGAGCUCGAACGACUCUCGCAAACGCAGAAGAUCACCAAACGACACAUACGACUGUGAGAUGUGUCCUGAGAUCUUUCUCAAUUCGGACACUCUCGCCAAGCACUAUCAGAACGUCCAUAACACCGACCCCGUCCGUAUGUUCAAGAAAUUCAAAAAGGAUGAUAGCAAGCGCAAGAUGAGAAACAGAAACAAUUUUGAGUGCAAGAAUUGCAAGAAGCAGUUUUCUACCAAGACCCUAUUCUGGAAUCACAUUAAUGUAUGUGCGCGUCGAAACUCGAUAGGUGGUAGAUUCGACAUGCCGAAUAAUGUCUCGACAUCAAUUCUGGAGACUCAUCUGAAGAACAAUAAUCAGAUUUCACGAGAGGACUCGGUGCCGCUAACGAACGAAUCCAACCUAAACAUUCCCGACUUUAAUUUAUUCGAAGACAUUAAUUUGCAGUUGUCGGCCCAAAAACCUGUGCCGAAUCUUAUGCCAUUGUCACAGAUGAAGGCGACGGGUAACGGCAAAUGCUCGAGAAAAGACUCGCGUAAGGUCUACGACGAAUCGACCAAUACUGAAUGCACAUGCGAGGUUUGUGGCAAACAAUGGCCUGCCAAAAAACAUUUAUGGCAACAUCUAAUUCGAUUCCAUCGCGCCGAGGCCGCCGUUACGUGUGGCGUAUGCUUGAAACUAUGUAAAUCUUAUCAAGAUCUGGCCGAUCAUUUGAAGGCCGAGCACGCCCCUGUUUUGUCGCCGGAGGGAAACAACUUUACCUGCAAGACGUGCGGCAGGUAUCACAAUGCGAGAAGUAAAUUGUUGUUGCACAUGAGCAUUCACAUUGGGAACUUCCGAUGUCAAAAAUGCCAGCAGAGUUUCGUGAGUGAAGAAAAACUCAUCGAGCAUGCAGCGAGUUGUAGUGGUAAAUCGGAGUUUGAAGAUCAUGCGGUGGCGGACGAAGAUAACGCAAAGAAUGACAACGACGAGAAGGGCAGUUUAAUCGCUGAUGAGACGUCAGUUAUCGAAGAAGCAGAGGAAGCAGAAGAGGCGGAUUUUGAAUCAGAAGGCGAAGGCAGUAGGGAUAUUCACAAUGAAAACAAUUCGGAGAAUAGCGAAGAAGACAAUUCGGAUAAUAGUGAUGAUUCAGAUAGCGAUAGCAAUAGUAGUUCGAGCGAAGAAGAAAACGAGAACGAAGAGGAAGAGGAAGAAGAGGAGGAAGAAGAUGAAAAUGAAAACGAAAAUGAGUCUGAUACAAGGACCACUAGUAGAGCGAGCGGUGACAGUGUAUCGUGUAACUCCGAGAGUGAUGACGAAUCAGAUAUGGAUGAAACGGAAAUGAAUACAACGGAAAAGAAAACACUACAAAUGAGCGAUAUUGGUAGAUUCAGGAUAUGCAGCGAAGGCAUUCAAAGGAACGUGCCGAUAGAGAAAAAUGUCAAGGAUCAGAAAAUCGAUUUUACCAUUACUGCAACUGCAGUUGUAGAACAAACUAAACAAAGUAAUUUGAAUGACCUCAUGACUUCCGGUGCAUCCGCGAAUAUAGACAAAUUUGAGGCGUUUCGUCGCGAGGAAUCUGCUAAAGAUACGACGAGUGAUGUAGACAUGUCUAACGAUAAUGAAGAUGAUGGCGAUAACGAAGAAGAUGAUGAAGAGAAUGAAAAUGAGGAAGAAGAAGAAGACGGUGAAGAAAGUGGUGAGGGUGAAGAUGACGAAGAAGAGGAGGAAGGUGAGGCUGAAUCUGAAUCUGAGAAUGAGGAUGAGGGUGAAGGUGAAGCCGUAGCUGAGGAAGAAAGAGAGGAAGAAAGAGAGGAAGAAGAGGAGGAAGAGGAAGAAGAUGAAGAUGAAGAUGAUGAUGAUGAUGAUGACGACGAUGAUGAUGAUGAUGAUGAUGGACCACCCGUGUUAAGUCCAAUAAUGCCUUUGUUACCGGAAAACGAAUCUGAGGAGCACAGCGGUACAACAGAUCGCACGAGGCACAAGCUCAGUCCAAUGGUUUCGCUGAGUAUGGUUAAAGAAGAUCUGGAGGAGUGCGAAAUAACAGAGAUACCAAAUGACCCGGAAAAUAUGUCGAACGCAGCCAGUUUCUUCGUGGCUAAUAACAACGAUCUGCCCGUAACAUGGGACGAUAAUUUGGACGAUAAUGGAAUCGACAAUGCCGAAUGCAACUCGGACAUUGGUGACAGAGAUAUGGAGAAAAAUGAGGAAUUCAGUAAGGAGUAUGAAAAAAUGGAAAUGAACGAGGGCGACGACUUCGAGGAAGAUUCUGCGGACGAGAACAUAGUGGACAAUAGUAGGGAGGAUGAUGGAGACACUCAAGUGCACGAGAUGCAUAAUCUGGACGGAACUGUGCUAAUGGUGACUAAUGACGCGGAAGGUAAUCAGAUUUUAAUAGAACAAAAUAUGUUAGAUAUCGAUAACGAGGACUCGAAUAUCGAAACAGCGCAGUAUAUUUAUCCAGAAAACACUUAUGAAAUUGCGGAAGAUUACACGCAAAACGAAAUCGGCGUUAUACAGACGGAUGAGGUGCAAGGUGAUAUGUCCUACGUUCAAGACACUUCGGAAAAUGAAGAUAAUAGUAUGGAAGGUGGUGUCGAGGAAACUAGCAGUGACGUGCAAAAACAGUAGAACACGAGUGCCAAAACGUGAAUGUGGAUAUUUAGGAUAAUAAAUCUGUAAUAAAGUGUAAGAUAAUUAAUACGACUUGAAACUACGGAACAAGAAACGACAUGUAAGAAAUAUAUGUACCUUGAAAAACGAAACAAUAUUGUACAGUAGAUUAAGCUUGUAGCUUAUAGCUUUGGAGAAUUUUUGAUAUAGACUGCAUACAAGAGAAAGAAGGAAAGGUCAAAAGGGCAGAGGGGGGUGGGGAGAAAGGGGAAAAGAGAAAGAAAAAUUCCGAUUUAAUUAAAUUUAAAUUGACGAUUUACAACGGAAAACCUUUUUCAUCUUGAUCUACCAGGGGCUUUGCAUUCACAGCUACUUGUGCAACGUUGCAAGCUUCCGAUUAAUCGUUUUCGAAGGGUUAAAUUUUAAAUAAUUGUAUUAUAUAUAUAAGACAUUUAGAUUAUUGUAAAAACUACAAUUUAUAGUAUCUCUUUUAGUUUUCGAUAUUUCAAAGGAUAUAAAUAUUGUUGGUUACGAAAAGUGCCGUUUAUUUAUAUCGAUAUUUUUUUACAAUAAUAUGCUCCGACUAUUCCCCCGCUGUUGACGCGAAAUGCCAUCCGCUAAACAAUAGGUCACGAAUUUACGAACUCAAUGAUAAUUCAGUGCUAUCGUUAAAACAAUGCCUAACGAUGCUAGAUAAGAUCAAAAUUUAGAAACCACGUUACAAUCAAUUUCUUUUUCUUAAAUCGUACAGUAAUUUUUUCUUCAAAUAAUUUUAAUUAUUCGAAGACACACAGAAGAUACAAAACCAUGCUGGUUAUUAAAAAAAAAAAUGGCACGAAGUGAAUGUCAAAAGACGACGGUAGAUAAAAUGCGAUAAUUUUAAUGCUAAUUAUUUGUAUGUGAUCAUGCGCUUGCCCAAUUUUUCCAAUUAAAAUUUUACCAACCGACUUCCUGUGUUUUUCUGUGCGAAUUAACAAACGACGACAGAACUGUAAUGUAAAACAUGAACUAUCGAAUUAGAUAAGCAGAUUCGGUCGAAUAAAAAGUCGGAUAACUGAAAUAACAGAUAUCUACGUAUAGUAUCGUCAAAUUAUCAAGACAUAUUUAGUGUCCUAUCUUUUAAGGUUCUCUUUCUUAGCGUAGUGAAGAAAAAGCGAUACUCGUGCACACUCGCUAUAUUUUUUAUGGAAGAAAAGAAAUAAAGGAGUUUAUGUGAAUAAAAUAGCUUUAAACGAUCAAUCUGUACAGUUACAGUAAUGCGAGCGUGUUUGUACAUGAGCGAAUGUAUGCGUGUCGAACGAUAGAGAUGUGACUGAAGACUUAUAUAAUUAAAGAAAAAAAGCGUACCUCGAUUACAAAUAAUAAUAACAAUUAGUUGAGAUUAAUUGCUUUGUAUUAUAUUAUAAUUUAACCGUCUUGCAGACUUUCUCAAUUUAGUCGUUUCAAUUAAGGAUCGAAUAUCAACAGCAGAGAGAAUCGUUGUAUUGUAUUUGCAUUAAGAUUAUUUUUUUAAUCUUGCAGUUUUUUAUGGGAGUAGUAACGAAAAAUUAAAUACAAAAGAUUGGUUUUUAGAGAUAGAUGGUGUUUAUCUUUAUCAAUUUCUAACAUAUCAGCGAUCUCUUUUUCCUUAUUUAUUACAUUCAUUCCAAAGUAACUUCUAAGCUAUAUUAGCCUCUUUACGAACAAUAACCACUGAUUUGCCAUGCGUAUUAUGCGAUUUUAUCUGAGCAAUCUCUUUGAUAUUGCAGAGAGGAGAGAAGGAUGGGAGUUAAAAUUGAAAUGUUGACGGUCAUUUAGAAAAAUAUUUAAAUGUAAAUAUGAAAAUUUAUAAUAUCCUUAAAUAUUAUGAUUUUAAAACAGUAUGUGUGUCUUAUACAUACAUAUAUGUCUAUAUAUGUAUGUACGUGCGUGUAUGUAUAUAUAUACAUAUUAGUUUAUUUAAAAUCGAUAAUAUUUAUAGAUAUACGUAUGUCGUUCCAGUAUUGUUCUACAUUGUUUAAACUCAUAUCCCUUUUUUUAUAUAACAGUUGCUAAUAUUUACCGGUUAGUGCCACUAAGUGCGACUAUUGCGCCGCAUUCUAAGUUUAUAGAAUGAAUAUAAGAAUAAAAUACACUCAUAA